CUCGAACUAGCGUCAAGUGGCCGCUUCUACUUCUCGUUAGUAUGUAGGAAACAGCUGGUGGCUAUUUUCUGGUGUGCAAGUCGAGUGCUUUGGAAUAGUGCCUAGACCUUGUGCUUCCUGCAAGUUUAUUUAUCUACAAGUGCAUUAAUAUUUGCAAAUCAUAUGUACAAUUUCUUAGUUUAAAUUUAAACAGAUCAGAUCGGACUGAGCAAGUUAUCAAAUGUCUUCCCUAUCUACUUCGGUAAAACCCCUACUGUUCUCCUACUGGCGGAGCUCGUGUUCCUGGAGGGUACGCUUGGCUCUCAAUUUAAAGGAGAUUCCUUACGACAUAAAGCCCAUCAACCUCAUCAAAUCAGGUGGAGAGCAGCAUUCUACUGAGUAUCGAGAUGUGAACCCAAUGGAACUAGUUCCGGCGCUGCAUAUUGAUGGUCAUACACUUAUAGAGUCUUUAGCGAUAAUGCACUAUUUAGAAGAAACACGCCCCGAACGUCCGCUAUUACCGCAAGAUGUUUAUCAACGUGCAAAAGUCCGUGAGCUGUGCGAAAUAAUUGCAUCCGGAAUUCAACCUCUGCAGAAUAUAGGCCUUUUGAGUUACGUUGGGGAGAGGAAAAAGGAAUGGGGUCAACAUUGGAUCCACCGUGGAUUCCGAGCUUUAGAAAAAAUUUUGUCAACCUCCUCUGGAAAGUACUGCGUUGGUGAUGAGAUUUCAAUGGCAGACUGUUGCCUGAUUCCACAAGCAUGCAACGCAAGACGAUUCGGUAUAGAUCUUCGCCAGUAUCCAAAUAUUCUUCGAAUUGAUAGUGAACUUGAGAACUACCCAGCAUUCCGGGCUGCUCAUCCAACGAAACAACCCGACUAUCCACCUGAACAAGAUAAUCCCGAAUUCCUCGGAAAACUUUCGAAUUUGCGGUUUUGAAAGUUUAGGUAAAUUUCACUAAACAAAGGCUGUGAAAGUUUUACUGAAUGCGAGUGCAUCCAUCUGUCGUUUAUAACCGAAAAUUGGAUAUAUUUUCAACGAAGUUAGCAAAAGUACAUGAUCAUACACGGAUCGAUAAAGUCAAUUUGCAAAAAAUGACACUGCAUUGGAAGGAUUGAAAUGUGUAGAAAUAAAUUAGGGCGGACUUCAUUUUCAGAAACUAUUCAAAUAUAAAAUCUGAACCCAAACAAGGGAUUUCGGUAUCCUCUUUUCCUAUAUUUUCCAAAUCUUUGCAAUUUCAGCUUCAUUCCAGGAACCAAAGUUUUUACUAAUAUAAAAUAUAACAGAUAUAUU